AUGUCCACCGCCGUUGCAUCUUUUGCUCCCAGCGUGGAGAGGCAUCUCUCCCCCUCCUCCCACUUCCCCGCCGUCGUCACUGCCUCCGCCGCACCGCAGACUAGCGACCGGGAGCCGGUGUUCAAACGAGUGCGCAGCAAUCCCUCGCCGAGCCCGCUGGAGACUGCGAGCAGCAGCAUAGCAGACCGAGCGAGUCUCGCCGGCAAGAAAUCCCCGCUUUCAGCCGGCGCCAGCGCACCACCCGUCAUCAAAGUCAAGAAGGAGCCCGCCUCACCCCAAAUGUCCUCCCGACCGCGACCAAAGCGGCUCGACCUCUCCUCCAGCACCUCCGCCAGCACAUCCACGGCCACCGCCCGCGGUCCACAAACUGGUGCUCAGUCCUCCAAUCCCUCCGCCCCACUCACCUCUCGAGAAUCUGCCGGCCUUCAGGUACUAGACGUCGGCCUGGCCUGCCUUUCGCCCGGCUUCCAGACCAACGACCCAGGCAUGCGAGAACAGCUACAGAGGAGCCUCGACGUUCGUGAUCAGCAAAGGCAGAUUAUAGAAGCUAGACAGAAAGGCACGAAGCCCGGCAGUGCACACGAGGCCGACAACCCCAACCGAACACAAGACUCCACUCUGUUUGGCGUUCAGACACGCACGCCCACCACCUCCCGACGGAAAGGCGCUCCGCCAGGCCUCACGAUCGCCGCUCCAAAUGCCGCCCAAUUCGCCAACGACCGUGUCAUUCAAUCCGCCCCCAUCAAUCAGACCUUCACCGGACUCCGACCUGGCGAUCAAGCAUACAGCCGCCACGUCCAGCACGGUCCCAGCGCGCUGAGUCAAAUGAGCCACAUCCACCACGUCCCCGCUACGCAGACCAGCAACCGCCUGCCGCCAAUCGCAGACGUACUAGCCAAAGACCGGUCGGAAAUGCAGCAAAGCAACUACCCCACCAGCACCCACUCGCCUCCCCACGCCUAUGCUCCUCCCUCUGCCGCUUCCCCCAACUUCCCCUCCCACCAAGGCCUACCAGGCACAAGGAGCCGCGAGUUCCGCUCCGCAGAAGAAGCCGUGGCCGGCCUCUCAGGUGGCCGCGACGAUUUGAUGCCCAAAGUCGUGCACUACGGCCGCCUUGUGCAACCCCCCACGCCCCCGUCGCCCAUGCUCGGCGCCGACAACAGCAGCCAGCCUUCGUACUCCUCCACCGGCGCGCAACAACAACACCAACCUACCGCACGCUCGUACAGCAACAACAGCGCCACGUACAACUCGGACGGCACCUCGCGCCUCGACAUCCUAGCUCGCACAUCAUCGAUGAACGGCCGACGACGCGGGCGGGAGGAAUACGAGCGCGACAACGAGAGUCCGCCGCGCUCGGCGCAGCAGCAUCUCCCGCAGCGGAUGGAGGCGAAGCGCACGACUUUCGCUGCGGCGGAGGACGAUUGGAGGAGUGGGAUGAGUUCGACAGAGAAGAAGGAGGAGUUUCUGCGGUUGUGCGAGCGGGCUUGGGAUUUGUUUCAUUCUUGA